AUGAACAGCAGCACUGGCAACCCCCAGACCUACGAAGCCGGAGACCAGCGCCAUCCGAGCGACGCUGAGUAUGUGAGCCAGACUCAAAGUAGGCCAGACGAGGCUGCUAAGGAGCACAUGACUUCUGUGCCACGGGGCGCACACAACCUCAAUGACCCCAAGGAUGAGCGCAGUCUGAGGAACAGGCUCCGUGCAGAACAGGAACUCAACGAGAUGAAGAAAGGGGAGAUGAACAAUGAGAUUCCACCUCAGACUGGUGAUCCCUAUAAUGGCGACCCUACUUCACAUGCUGCGCAGCACGGUAAUAAGCCAUCAAGAGGCGCCGAGAUUGACAAGGAGCUUAAGGAAGACGACGAGCGGCGGCUAAGGGAGAAGGGCAUCAAGCAAUAG